AUAUAUCUCUAUCUUAGGAGAUCUAUAGAGAUACUACGUCAUAAUGUCUGCGGAAGCUGCCAAGUCAUCCGGCCUCUCGGCCAAGAUUGACAACAAGCGCAAGAGACAAGCUGAGGAAUCCUCAAAACAAGCCGGGGCGGCUGCUGGCAAUGCAGAGGGCCCGAGUAACAAGAAAAGGAAGAACGGCAAAUCCAAGCCAAAGAAGGGCGGAAAGGACAAGAAGGAUAAGCCCCAGCAAGAUGCAUCAGAGAAGGAGCAGAGAGACACCAAGCAAACCGAGACCAAAGGUGGCAUUGAUGAAGCUAUUGGCAAGAUGGACGGUCGCCUGUUGGCGGAUCACUUCAUGCAGAAGGCUAAGCGCCACAAUAAGGAGCUGACUGCGGUUGAAUUGAGUGAUCUUAGUGUUCCGGAAUCCUCAUUCCUCGACACAUCAUCGUUUGACUCGCCCAGACAACUGGAGAAGCUACCGGAUUUUCUAAAGGCUUUCAGCCCUAAAGGAUCUGACCUCUCGAAACCGUCAGAGGAGAAGGGCACGCCGCACACCCUGGUAGUCUGCGCAUCGGGGCUUCGAGCAGCCGAUGCGGUGAGAGCCCUCCGUACGUUCCAAACCAAAGAAUCGCCAAUUGGCAAGCUGUUUGCAAAACAUAUCAAGCUCGAAGAAGCUAAGCAAUUCUUGGAGCGAUCACGCAUUGCCAUUGGAGGCGGAACACCUGCUCGUAUCUCCGACCUGAUCGAUGCUGGUUCCCUCAAACUUGGUGAACUACAGCGUAUCGUGAUCGAUGGAUCCUAUGUUGAUCAGAAGCAGCGUGGUAUAUUUGACAUGAAGGAAACCCACCUCCCACUUUUGAAAUUGCUCACGCGGUCCGAGUUUCGUGAACGUUAUGGUGCAGAGGAGAAGCGGAUCCAGAUCCUCAUCUUUUAGCUUCUUACAAUGAUGUAUAAUGUGGUUGGCGUUAAUCAAGGCUGGAUGUUAAAUAUCUUGUUGUCUGUUCUUAUUCUGGGUAGUGAUACCCUACAUACAUAUGUUUGCAUCAUACGAAUGUUUUUUUUUAUACUGAUAAAUACCGUACCUGAUCACCU